AUGGUCUGGACAGUGUGUAAUUCUACCGAGGAGCAUCAGAAAAUUGUGGAGGACGACCUUUGGGAUGGCGGCAUCACAUUUCACGAACUUAGUCUGAUCGUGGGCGGCGUCUGCGCCGUGCUAGCAUGCGCCGUCUCGAUAUUCCUGAUUAUGGGCCAUGCCAUGCACUACAGCAAACCAAUCGAGCAACGACAACUUUUCCCCCACGCCAGCAUUAUUCGUAUCCUGUUCAUGGUUCCCGUAUACUCAGUCGUCGCAUGGCUCAGCAUUCUCUUUUACAAUGAUUCGGUAUAUUUCGAGGUCAUCGGCAACUCCUACGAAGCUUUCUGUAUCGCCGCGUUCUUCUCCCUCAUGUGCCACUACAUCGCCCCUGACCUACACAGCCAAAAGGACUACUUUCGUGGGAUUCAACCCAAGGCAUGGCUCUGGCCACUGAGUUGGUUCCAGAAAUGGAAGUGCUGUUGUGGACAUCGCGGGGCGUGGCGGAAUCCGCGCAGCGGCUUGACAUGGUUCAAUGUCAUCUGGGCUGGUGUCUUUCAAUACUGCGUGAUUCGAGUAGUGAUGACCAUCGUUGCCGUCGUUACGCAAGCCACCGGUAGAUAUUGUGAAGAGUCGAUGAGCCCGGCUUUUGCGCAUAUCUGGAUCAUCAUCAUCGAGUCUAUCAGCGUCUCAAUAGCCAUGUACUGCUUGAUCCAGUUCUACUACCAGGUCAACAAAGACAUCAAAGAGCACGGCCCUUUCCUGAAGAUCCUGUCUAUCAAAUUGGUCAUUUUCUUGUCUUUCUGGCAAUCGACAUUCAUUAGCGUGCUGUUUUCACUAGGCGCUGUCAGUGAGACAAAGAAGAUCGCCCAGGCUGACCUGAAGUACGGUCUCCCCGAGCUGUUGAUCAACAUCGAAAUGUUCAUAUUCUCCGUCCUGCACCUGUGGGCUUUCCCCUGGAAGCACUACUCUCUCAAGAAUGAGGGCGCCGAGGUCACCGACUUCUAUGGCAACGGCAAAGCAUCAUAUGAAGGUGGGCGCUGGGGUUUCCAGGCCCUAGUUGAUGCUAUGAACCCGCUUGAUUUACUAAAAGCUAUUGGUCGUAGCUUCCGCUGGCUAGCUGUCGGCCGCAAAACCCGAAUGCAGGACCCUAGCUACCAGCCUCAUACCGAGACCAUCGGCUUGGAGACUCCAGAGUCUGAGAUUACCACCAACGGUACAGCCUACGGAGGUGCCGGCACCGCCGUGUCUGGUGGCCGGACAGCCCGUUACGGCGCAGAUGAAGAAGGCGCGGACCUCCUUUCUCAUGCCCAGCCGAACCCGUCCACCUCGACUGUGGACACCUCGCCAUGGGAAGAUGGCAAUGAUGACUAUCUGCAUGGGCCAUCAGGUCGCUACUAUGGACACCAGGGCUCUUCGCCUUAUGACAACAUGGAGCACCAGAAUACCGCAUACCAACCCCAUGGGCAAGCGGCGCAGUCGUACCCCGUGGAUGGCCCCCUUCGGGAACAGGUUCCAAUCCCUAUGCCCGACCCAUAUCAACCUCCGCCACCAUACCCUGAGAGUCAUCACCAUCCAUGA